GCGCUAUGUUCGCUCUCGCACGGCAGGCCUUGGGCCAGCCCUCCAAACUAGUAUGUCGAAGACUCGCCACGGAGGCUGUCGCUGCGACGCCAGAUUCACCACUUGAAGGAGCACUGCUCAACCGUAGGAGUCGGCGAUCAAGUAUUCUGCAAGCUCGGUCGAAUGUUAGGGCUUCUGUUAGAGCUGCGAACUCCCCCGAUGGUACUGUCGUAGAGGUUGAACAAGCCGUCCCCACCAGAAAACCCGUCUACGUCGCCAUGUCUUCUCUCAUUCCUCCCCCACGAGGCACCGAACCCGUAGACCAAGUCGCCGAACUCGACCCCACCGUCUUCGCGCACCCCAUCCGACGAGACAUCCUCCACCUCUGCGUCGUCCACCACCUGGACUCGCUCCGUCAAGGCUCCGCCAACACGAAAACCCGCGGAGAAGUACGCGGCUCAGGACGCAAGAUCCGUCGUCAAAAGGGAAGCGGUCGUGCGCGUCUCGGCGACGGCCAGUCGCCCAUGCUUAAGGGUGGAGGUGUCGCCUUUGGACCCAAGCCCCGCGAUUUCAGCACGAAGUUGAACCGCAAAGUGAUACAGAUGGGUCUGCGGGUCGCUUUGAGCACUCGGGUGAAGGAGCGUGGGUUGAGGGUGGUGGAGAGUCUCGAGUGGAAGGGAAAUAAGACGCAGGGGAUGCUGCAGAGGUUGAAGGAGCUGAAGUGGGAUCAGGACAAGGUUCUGUUCGUGAGUGGAGAGGCUGAUGUUCCGGAGAGGUUGGAGAGGACGACGAGGAAUUUGCAUAAUGUGGAGGUGAUGAGCGUGGAGGAGGCUACAGUGUAUGAUCUCGUCAAGUGGUCGACCGUCGUGCUCGACGCGGCGGCCGUCCAGUGGUACGAGAGAACCUUGGGCAAGGAGCCUUUCGCUCUAGCUGAUCCCGUGUUGCCCUCAUGAAGAUAGUUACUUACACUAUACACCUGACUAUCGUCCUAUUGCAUUUGCUCUUUC